AUGAUUCGCGCAUCGCGGAACUCCUGGGGGAGCUGCACCAGCUCAUCAAACAGACACAGGAGGAGCGGGUCGCGGAGCGAGCACAACCUAGUCAACAUCCAGAAAACACAUGAGCGGAUGCAGACAGAGAACAAGAUCUCCCCCUAUUACCGGACCAAGCUUCGUGGACUCUACACGACUGCCAAAGCUGAUGCGGAGGCUGAGUGCAACAUCCUACGCAAGGCGCUGGACAAGAUUGCAGAGAUCAAAUCCCUUCUGGAGGAGCGGCGCAUUGCUGCCAAGAUUGCCGGGCUCUAUAACGACUCAGAGCCGCCCCGCAAGACCAUGCGCCGGGGCGUCCUCAUGACCCUCCUCCAGCAGUCAGCCAUGACGCUGCCCCUGUGGAUCGGCAAACCUGGGGACAAGCCGCCCCCACUCUGCGGUGCGAUCCCCGCAGCCAGCGAUUACGUGGCCAAGCCGGGGGACAAGGUGGCCGCUCGUGUCAAGGCUGUGGAUGGGGACGAGCAAUGGAUCUUGGCCGAGGUGGUGAGCUACAGCCACGCCACCAACAAGUACGAGGUGGAUGAUAUCGAUGAAGAAGGCAAAGAGCGUCACACCCUGAGCCGCCGCCGCAUCAUCCCAUUGCCCCAGUGGAAGGCGAACCCUGAGACAGACCCUGAGGCGCUGUUCCAGAAGGACCAGCUGGUGUUGGCGCUGUAUCCCCAGACCACCUGCUUCUACCGGGCCCUGAUCCACGCCCCACCCCAGCGGCCCCAGGACGAUUACUCGGUGCUCUUCGAGGACACGUCCUACGCGGACGGCUACUCCCCACCCCUCAACGUGGCCCAGAGAUAUGUGGUGGCCUGUAAGGAGACCAAGAAGAAGUGAGGUGGUGGCCUGUAAGGAGACCAAGAAGAAGUGAGGUGGUGGGGGCGGAGCUUGGGGGGCGCCCGUGAGUAUAAUAAAGGC